GUUUAAUAAUUCAGAAUCUAAUAAUUCUGAGUUUAAUAAUUCUAGACCUAAGAAUUCUAGACCAAACAAUGCUAAGCUUAACAAUUCUGAGCCUAAUAAUAUUCAGUUUGAUAAUAACUUAGAAUCUGACAAAUUAUUAUAA